GAGGAAGCGAGAGCGAAAGCAGUCGGGGGGAGAGGAGUGUUGUUGUGUGUACUUUUCUACUGUCAGCCUAUGGAGUUGCUCUGCCAGAAUUGUCUGUUUUCUGGGAUCUGCCAUAUAACAGAGUAACUACAAACUGCCUUCUGUGAAGGAAGCCUCUUCUCUUGCUGGACUUACCGCCUGGAUAUAACGUUCCAAGCUGACAGAGAGCUAGAUCUUCAGUGGACGGGUACGCUUCGUUGUGAUAACCUGGACUGCCCGAGGAGUGGAACACAUCUGUGACUUCAGGGACGAAGCUGUCAAAUCUGGAGCACAGUUAUGAAAGAUCUUUGCAGCAACGCUGGCGUACCGAAUUGUUCUGCACAGUUCAGUUCGUUGCGUCAUCUGAGCUUGUUUCGAGUUUUUUUCCCGUUGUGAUUCCUGUUUGGAACUACGUCGUCAUUGGGAUGGAAUGCUUGGCGAGCAGCGCGGAUGAAGAGGGUUAGGGGUGCCAGUUUUACGGGUAUUCCCUGAACUCCGGGAGUCUUGAGUGUGUCUAGUCGUCUGUCUCUCGGGUGCCAAGUGUAUACGUUAAUACGGAUCAACGUUUGAUCUGAACUCUUUCGUCGUCAUACGCCACUUUGUUGGCAUUAUGAUUUUUUGCAUAUCUGACUUAGUGUGAUAAACAAUGGUACAAAAGGAAUGACAUUUCUUCAGUAACAGUCGAAGAGAGUAGGUCUUUGUGAGGUAGAGGGGUAAGAGAGACGGACAUAAAAGGGGUGUAUUGUGAGGUCCCUCACCGCGAUGGAGCUGAAGGUGUGGGUAGAGGGCAUCCAGCGCGUGGUGUGCGGCGCCAACUACAACACCACCUGCCAGGACGUGGUCCUCGCGCUCGCCCAUGCCAUGGGCCGGACCGGCCGCUUCACCCUGGUGGAGAAAUGGCGCGACUCGGAGCGUCCGCUCACGCCGCAGGAGUGCCCGCUCCGCGCGCUGCAUCACUGGGGUGAGUACGCCGCCGAGGUGAGAUUCUACCUGGUGCAGGCAGAGACGGAGAAGACUUUGACGGUACCCGCCCCGCAGAUGUCGUCCUCUAACGCCCAUCACGGUGGUGGUGGUGGUGGUGGUGGUGGUGGGGGAAAACGUGCAGCGUUGAUACAACAACAACAGCAGCAGCAACAGCAGCAACAGCAGCAUCAAAUGCGAGGUGGUGGUGGAGGAGGAGGAGGAGGUUGGGAUAGGAGAGGUGGGGGAUAUGAGCCUCCAGGGGUUGGGUCGGGCGGGGAUGGUAAUAGCAGACUUGUUCCCAACAAUGUCAACAGCUCCAGACAGAGACAUUACAGUCAUGGUCAAGCUUUGUCCGAGUCUAUCAAACGGUCCUCGACGUUUAGUGGUGGUCACCAAGGGAGUUAUGCGACACUCCCUGCCAAUUUAAGCUCCUCUUCGCAGCACCGCAAACAUCAUCAUCAUCAACAACAGCAACACCAGAAGCCUCCCCCGACAGGGCCCCAGUCAUCUUCAUAUUCUUCGAGCAAGUUUAGACAGCCAGCCUUGGGGCCGUUACCCAAUGGUGACCUUUCGCCAAGGUCCUCAUCCAAUAGCUCCUCCCCAAGGUCGUCUGGGGCCUCCCCGAGGGUCAACCCAGCUGGCCAUUCUUCACGAGCUAUGACUGGUGAUGUGCGGGAGAUUCACCCAGCCAAUAUGCCCGGGGCCCGACCAGUAUACCCAGACCAGAUCCGAGACAGAGAGCCCCACCGUCCCCAUCAAUCGGCUUCACGAUACGCCCACACUCAACCCCACUCUGGUGGGCCUCAUGACCCUGGACAAAUCCCUGCAUAUCCCUCGGCUUCUCACCCUUCACAACAUCCUCCCCAGUCGUACAUAGCAGACCCUGCUCAGCCUCCUCCGUACUCGAGUUUGCAUCAGCCUUCCCAGCCACGGGCACCGCCACAGUCAUCGUCGUCAUCAUCGUUACAUCAGCGGUACCCGCCUUCAUCCCAGCAUCAGCCUGUUCCCUCCUCCUCGCACAGCUCUGCCCCCGGUCCUUCUCCCCAUCCCGUCCCUGCCCCUCGCCACCACAUGCAUGCCUCCCCUACAGCGGCAGAAUACGAAAAUCUGCCAGCUCCAGCUCGCAACAAACCCUCCUCACAACAACACCAGCAGCAAAAACAGCAGCCUCCUCCUCAAUAUGAGAGAAGGAACCGAACUCAGGGACCUUCACCUCAGUGGCCCACGGCACAGAGACUUGACCACCAACGCCAUCCUGGUCAUGUAGAUAAAAAUCAACUUCACAUUCCAACGUCCAGUCAUCAGAAUGAUUAUGUCUACAAGAAAAACCCUGCACAUGGCCAUAACAUGCCUUCUGAUGCUCAAGGAUAUCCCACUCACAAUUCGAAUUUUGACGGAACUCGAGAGUUUCCAGACCGUUACAGAGAUGAGAUUGCUAGAGGCUCGUAUGCAUAUUCGGACCAGUUUGGGUUUGACAGAAGUCAGAUGAGCAGGUCACGACCUGUGGAGGUGUCCAGAAAAGUCCUGCCGAGGUCGAAGUCUGCGGAACGACCGGCACCGGUGCCCCAACAGAGCCGAGGUGUUCCUCAGAUGUCCAGCGCUAAGGGAAGGCAAGCAGAACUGGCUGAGAGUCAACAGCUGAGUAAGUCUCUCCCAUCCGCUGGGUUCACCCAGCUGAAGCGGAGUGAUACAGGUGGUAAACUCAACUUUGUGGAGUCAGCUCUGAUGAAACAGCAGCGGUCUAGCUCUGACAGCAGCAAGUCUGGGUCCGGAGCUCACGUCCGGCAACACAGUGCUGACGGCCAUGUCAGACUGCAGAACCUGGACAGCCAGAACUGGCAGCAGCAGAUUUCUGACAGUAAAUCUGGGGAUGAUUCACCAGGCACAGCGGGCUUGGAGGUUUCAGGGGGCAGUGCCGUAUUACCAGGUGUAAGACCCUCUAGCUCUAACGCACACGGCCAUCAGUAUUCCACUGCAGAGAUUUCCAAAGCUCAGCCUCCCUCCUCGUUUCUGUCUAUAUCUCCUUCGAGACAUAAUUCUGCCUUCACUGAGGUCUCUCCGAGAACGAGCCGGCAAGGAUCUGCAUCUUCCCCUCGAGAUGACCCCGUAGCCUAUAACCUUGACAUUCAGAACUUGGACCAGUAUACUAGUGCGUCAUCGGGGGUAAGUGGCUUGCUGUCACUGCCUGAGGAUGGCCACUCCCGUCAGGCGAGUCUGGAGGUGGAAGAAUAUGACCUUGACCAGAACUUCCCGGAUGUCUUUCAACGAGAGAAUCAGGCUGGCAUGGGUGGCCGUGCCCACGUCAGGCCUCCGCAUUCCAACAUGCCGCAGGAGUAUCACCUGGACAGUGGGAAUGUGGACUCCCGGGAGCUUCACUUGCAGCAGGAAUACUUGCAGCUGGUGAGACAGGUGAAAAUGCAGCAGGAGCGGAUCAAGACCCAGGAGGCUCAGAUCAACGCUACUAAUAUAGAGAUCGCUGACCUGGAGGAAAAAGAGGCAGGCCAGAACGGCAACUCUCCCAGCCUGGAGGUCUUGACCUCUGACCUCUCAGAUCUGGAGCGCCAGGAGGCGGAGGGCCAGCAAGAGCUGGAGGACCUGGAGCGGGUGGAGUGGGUCAACGUGCUGGACGGUGAGCGCAAGCGGGAGGUGGACUUGAAUCUGCAGAUGAAAAAACUAAAUGAGAAAGUUGGAGAAAUGGAUUCUCAGCUCACACAGCUCAAAGAGGAAGAGGACAAAAAGAGUAAGGAGGUGGAGAAAGAAAAAGAACAUGUACAAAAUGAAGAAAAGAAGCAUCAAGAGAAAGAAAAACUGACAGCACUGGAAUGUAAAAAAGCAAAGGGAGAGCUUGAAUCAUUAAAUGCUUCUGUUGAAAAGAAGGAGGGUCAACUGAGGAAAAUAGAGGAGGAUGUUUCUGAUGCUGAGAACAGUCUCAAAAGUCAGGAGUCGCGACUGUCCGACCUGGAGGUGGAGCUCCGGCAUGAGAACAUGAAAGACUUCCAGGCCCACCCAGUGCUCAAAGAGCCUCCCCCCGUGUCUGUGGCCGACGCUGUACAGGAGACCACAGCGGUGUCUUCACCUGCUUCUGUCACACAGUCGGCCAACGAUGGAGAGGCUAUCCUGAAGAUCCUGGAGGGUCGUCUGUCCCCUCGCCUGUCGCCUGGCACUGCAGACGGCAACGGCUCCUACAACAUCACGUCAGCUCAGCAGACCUACAAGUCGGCGCUGGCGGCCCAGAACCCGAAUGGUGUCUGGGUUUGAGGAAGGAGGGACCUCUGAUGUUGUCGUCUUCCAGAGUGUGACUUUUUUUCUGGAUAUCUCCUUUGCUUCAGAAACUUGAGAUGUCCUUUGCUCUUUGGUUCUGGUCUGACUGUUCAUGUCCUGCGUUAUGAAUGGUAUGGUUUGAUGGUCGUCAUAGUCUGAUCCCCAUUCUACUUUGUGAGUGCUGUCGGGAUCUGUUUUUAAAAAAAAAUGGAAGCUUCUAGGUUCUAACGUUUCGAUUUUUGGAAGUCAUCAAACAUCAAGAUUCUCUGCUCGUCCUUGAUGAUUUAAUACUGGUAUUCAAUGAUUUUAUAUAAAGGAAAAGAUUCGAGAGAAGGCUGGUCCUUACAAAGACGUAGGCAUAUUUUUGCUAGAUCCGUCCCCCUGCCAACCAAUGACUGAUAGCUGAUUGAUCAAAAUAAAAAUAAAAAACUGUUUGGGAGACCUCUGCUGAGUUCAAUAUAACGGGACUUUGUGCCCAAAAUGCUCAUAUUAUUUGGACUUGCAGAACUUAUGAAGUAAGCACAGACAACAAUUGAUUAUUAUCUGUGAGCAUUCAUUUUAUCCUUGAUAUGUUUUAAAUGGACCCCACUGUAAACAGGCAAUUUGAUUUUCUGUGACUGGAAAAAUACUCUCUCUGUUUCUCUUGAUGCUCACUUGCCUGAUUCAGAUACUGACAGCAAAUAAAAGUUGGGUUGUUGAGAGUAGAGAGUUGUCCACAACUCCAAUCUUCCUUGCUGACAGCUCCCAACAGGAGAUUCAAAAUUCCCUGUUUAUCAUAUUCCUUGAAUGCAGAGUGUAAGGAAUAUUAACAUGGAUCGGGGGUCCCCCUUACCCCAGGUAUUGAGUGCCCUAAGUACUUCUCUGUACCUUUUAUUCAAGAGGAAAGAGACAAAUGUUUUGAGAAAAAUGUUUGUCAUCAAAUUGUACACAUUUGCAUACAUCUGUAUAGUUUUUUUUUUUUUUUCUCUGUUUACAGAUGUAUUUAUGAAGCUUGAGUUCUAUACAUUAAUUUAAUUGAUAUGUUUAUGUUUGUACUUGGAUGUGCUGUUAUGGAACAGAAGAAAAGAUUGUAUUAGUAUCAGCUGAUCAUAUAAAGGGCUAUAGAUCUUUUGCAUUUAUUCUUAUUGUUAGUGAGAAUGGCGUCAUAUAGAAAGUGGAAGCUCUUAUUUACUCACACUUCUUGUGUCCUUCACUUCUCUGUGUUAAGUAUCAGAUGGAAUAGUUUUGGUCAAUGCUCUUGUUUGAGCUUGUAGUCUGUAGAUUUACCAGAUAUUGAGGACAUUUUACUUGGAUUGCAGACCUGCCUAGUACUCCAAUAAAAUCAAAGCCCUCUGA